UUUGUCAGGCCAACUGGGUGUCUGCGCUCGCAGAGACUCCCUCCUACCCUCGUUCUGCUUUUCUCGCAGUGCAAUAGUUUAUUAUGGACCGUAUUCUGCCGGUUAUUAAUUCCAUACAAGCAGACUCUCAAUGAUGGAUAUUAAACCCUACUGGCAAGAGACAGUACGCCUUGGAAUUAAAGGCUCUUUGCUUUAAGCGUUACAAGGGCAACUGUCUCCUCUACCCACGAAUAGAGAGGUGCGAAAUGGGCACGGACGGAUCUCGUGGGGUUGCUGCUCUGUUCGUAGCUGGUCUGUGCAUUCGCAUCGCUCUGGUCUUCUAUGGCCGAUACCAGGACCACUCCAUGCAGGUUAAGUACACCGAUGUGGAUUACCAAGUCUUCACAGACGCCGCCAGAUUUGUCACUCAGGGAGCCUCUCCGUACAGAAGAGCAACCUAUCGUUACACACCACUGCUAGCAUGGAUGCUGCUGCCCAAUAUUUACCUCAUGGAAGAGUAUGGGAAAUUUGUUUUCAUUAUAUGUGAUGUCCUUGCAGCUCAGAUCAUGCACAAGAUCCUAUGCCUCCAAGGACUAGACAGCCAGAGUGCAUGCUGGUACUGUAGCCUAUGGCUCUUCAACCCACUGCCAAUGACUGUUUCAAGUAGAGGGAAUGCAGAAGCUGUUCUAGCAGUGCUGGUCUUAAGUACUUUGCUGUACCUAAAGCGCAAGCAGCUUGUGAAGGCUGCCCUCCUCUAUGGACUUUCUGUACAUUUGAAGAUUUAUCCGGUAACCUAUGUAUUCCCCAUAAUCCUAUCACUUCAGACUAAUCAACAAGCAACAGAGAAUGAUACCUCAACUAUCAGGAAUAAACAGCAUCUUAUAAAAGGCAUACGUCUUCUCAGUCAUUUGAAACACUGGCCAGUGUUUAUUGUCAGAUUGUUAAACAAGGAGACGCUACUGUUCAUCAUUGUUGCUGGCUUAGAAUUUCUUAUCCUAGGAGUACUCUUCUAUCACAGCUAUGGUUGGGAAUUUCUGGAGCACACGUAUUUUUACCAUUUAACACGAAGAGAUAUUCGCCACAACUUCUCCCCAUACUUUUACAUGUUGUAUUUGACUGCGGAGAGCGAGUGGAGCUCAGUUCUGGGACUGGUUGCCUUCUUCCCACAAUUCCUGCUGCUUAUCAUCACAUCCUUUGCUUAUUUUAAGGAUCUUACAUUUUGCUGUUUCCUUCACACUGCCAUUUUUGUCACUUUCAAUAAAGUGUGUACUUCACAGUACUUCCUGUGGUAUUUGUGCCUUUUACCAAUGGUUCUUCCACAUCUUACACUUACCUGGAGAAAAGGCAUUAUGCUCCUGGCAUUGUGGUUCACUGGACAGGCAUUAUGGCUCAUCCCGGCAUAUUACCUGGAAUUUGAAGGACAGAACACAUAUUUACUUAUCUGGGUAGCUGGUCUGCUACUCCUUUACAUCAAUUGCUUUAUUCUCAUGGUAUUAAUCUCAAACUACAAGAAAAGGGAUUUGCAAUCAAAAACAGAAUAACAGCAGUAAAUACU